AUGGUUGGCUCAAUACCAAACGAUAUAUUCCAAUUCUCCACCUACGCAGCUCUCAACGCCGGAUUCAAUCAAGGCCAACCGCGAACCGCUGACCUUACUUCCCACGGCACAGAUGGCAUUGGUGUUUACGAAGAUGGCAGUCUCAUGAUUUUGAAAGACCGACAAGCGUACGCACUUACCAAGGAUGGUAAAGCAAAGUCAGCACCCAUGAAUGCACGCCUUCCUUUCGCAUUGGUCACAGUAUACCAGCCAACAUUUCGUCUGAAGAUCGGGUCGAUGUCGCUGGAAGCCCUUGAUGAGCUCGUUUCAUCAGAUGAUGUGGGUCCAGCGAAGGGCGUGAAUACUCUUAUGCCCUUUAAGAUCGCUGGUCGUUUUGAUUCGAUAGAAUUCGAAGAUGGGCCCAGCAGAAAUGCAAUCGACGGUACGGUGUUCGGCUUCGUGGUGCCAGCCUGGAUGAAGGCUAUCAGCGGCCCACGGAUCCAUGCACAUUUCCUGGACGCAAAUGAGGAAUUUGGAGGGAAAGUCGAAGAUUUCACCAUGGCAGAAGAAGCAGUGUUUAGUUUUGCGAAAUGUGGGAGAUUCCACUUGGGUUUUCCGCAGGGAGGAGAGUGGGAGGAAGUGAAGUUGUGA